AUGGCGUCACACCGGCGGAUGAAAGCUCUCCUGUUCGCGGCCUUCUUAGUGCUUCAGAGUGACAAGGCUGUGUUUGUUGCUGACAACAACAUUGGUAGUUUUCGUAAAAGCCGAAUUUUUGCCCAGAAGGUAAAGUGUCGCUGCCGUAGGCCUGCUAUGGCUUCUGAAAUCUACACAGCGUAUGCAUAUUGUCCUGCACUGUUGAGGGAAAUAUUGAAGCUAAGGUUGAAGCGUAGAUUUUGGUGUGCUCCACGAAGAGCUGGAUUUUGGGAAUCGGAAGUGUGCGGAUCUUGGCAGGAAGUUGGUAGGAUGUACCCUGACUGGGAAGACAGUCAAUAUGUCGCCUACUUCAGAAUGACAAAGGGUGUUUUCUUCACAGUUUGUGGGUUGUACGGCAACUUUCUUCGAAGAAAAGAUACUCCAAUGCGUGCAGCUAUUCCAGUUGAGAAACGAAUGGCUAUUGUUUUGUUCUGGCUUGCACACUCUGUUUCUUUCGUAUCCGUUGCUGGUCUUUUCUGUAUUGGAAAGUCUACGGCUGUAGCUAUCGUUCAUAGUGGCGUCCACGUCCUGCGUAGACACAUGGUUCCUUCAGCAAUUCUGUUCCCUACAGGUUCAGAACUUGACCAAGUGUUGUGUGAUUUUGAAGCUCUAUGUCAUCUUCCUCAGUGUGCUGGUGCUCUGGAUGGUACGUUCAUGCGCAUAGAAAAGCCUAUUAAGUUUGGAGAUUCAUAUUUCUGCUACAAGCGUUUUCACUCUAUCAUUAUUUUGGCAUGUGUGGAUGCAAGAGGUAUCUUCACAUCAGUCAAUUCUGGGAGACCAGGGUCUGUAGGUGAUUCUUUCACCUACAAUCACAGUAGCUUGAAAAGAAAUAUCGAUAUUGGAAACUGGCUUCAUGUAAGCCAUUCAAAAAUUAUCAACGGACAGGAAAUUAGACCCUUUCUAGUUGCUGAUUCUGCCUUUUCAUUGUCCCCAACAGUAAUGAAGUGCUUUGAUGAAGAUCCAAUGAGACCUCACUAUGUAAGCUUUAACUACUCUGUCAUUCGUACUAGGAGAGUCGUAGAACAAGCAUUUGGUCGUUUAAAGGGACGCUGGAGAGUAACUGCACAGAGCAAGCUAAAUGACCCUGUAUUUGCAAGUGUUGUAGGCACUGUUUGCUGUGGACUACAUAAUAUUUGUGAGAGAUACAAAUGUCCUUAUGAAGAUGAAAUCUUACCAGACGCCACAGAUUUUGAAAAUGGUGCUGAAGACGGUGACCCUGAUCUUCUUAGAGGUGGAAGAGAGGUCAGGAACGUCAUUUCAGAAUGGGUUCAUGCUCAUUAUCCUCGAUAA